AUGGGGAGGGCGCCGUGCUGCGACAGGAAGGGUCUCAAGAAGGGGCCGUGGACGCCGGAGGAGGACAAACAGCUCGUCGACUUCAUCCAGGCCAACGGCCAUGGCAGCUGGCGCCUGCUCCCCAAGCUCGCAGAGCUGAACCGGUGCGGCAAGAGCUGCCGGCUACGGUGGACGAACUACCUGCGGCCGGACAUCAAGCGCGGGCCCUUCACCGCCGAGGAGCAGAAGUCCAUCGUCCAGCUCCACGGCAUCGUCGGCAACAAGUGGUCCAUGAUCGCGGCGCAGCUGCCCGGCCGGACGGACAACGAGAUCAAGAACUACUGGAACACGCACCUCAAGAAGCAGCUCCGCCGGAUGGGCCUCGACGAGCCCCCGCCCGGCCCGACCGCCGGCUGCCCCGCCGCGCGCCACAUGGCGCAGUGGGAGACCGCGCGCCUGGAGGCAGAGGCGCGCCUCUCACUCCUCUCCUCGUCCGGCGCCGCGGCGACGGCCACCACCUCCGGCUCCGCGUCCUCUUCAUCGACGGCGGCCGCCGGCGCCGCGGUGGCCGAGCACGCGAAGCCCGCCGACGUCUUCCUCCGCCUGUGGAACUCCGACAUCGGGAGCUCUUUCCGCAAGGCGGCCGCGCCAGUGUCCGUCAAGGAGGAGGAGGCUGUGGUGCCGGGGGACGACUCCUCGGCGGCGUCCAACGAGAUGGACGCGGCGGCGGCCGAGUACCAGAUGUUCCUCGACUUCGCCGGCGAGGAGCUGGGCCUGUUCCACGGCCGGCACGGCGGCUUCUCGCUGUUCCCGCCGCUCGACGUGCUCGCCGAGGCGUCCCUGGACACGGCGUUCUAG